AUGCAACUGGCGGUGCCGGAGCCUUUGCCACAGCUGCCAGCGCUGCCGUCGGCGGAGCUCCAGCGCUACUUCGCCCCCAAGACGUUGGCCCACAUCGGCCGGGUACGAGUGGUGCCUUUGGGAUUCAGCGGCCUGGUGAAGGAGACGGUGCUGGCGAUGGGGUUACCCACCGAAGAGCUGCCCUUCGACUGGCUGCAGAUCAGCGACGCGGGGUUGCUGCACUUUUUGCGGAAGGGCUUCGAGGCCCCGAUCCGGGAAGGGCUGGGGGCCGGGGGCCAGCGGCCCAUGGAGAAGCGAGGCUUCUUUGACUUUGCCACCAGGAGAGAAGUGCCCGGCACCUCAUUGAUGAUGUGUCGGUCGCAUCUGCACUCCUUCUGGCAUGACGAUCCUGCGGACCCAAAGGUCCGCAGCAAAUUCGAGCAGCAGUUCGAGCGCUUCAACGUGCUAGGGAAGUCUGGGGACACCCUGCUGUUUGUCCGGGCGGUUGCGACCACCUACGAGCUUGGCCGAGCUUGGGAGCUCAGCCAGGCGUUGUCCAAGAAGUUCGGCCAGCAGGCAGUGCUUGUGAUCAUUUGCGACUUUCAGAGUUCGUCCACGGGUCCGAUGAUGGUCGAGAACGUGGAUGACAUCAUGGUCUACUUCCUUGAGGCUGAAGCCCACAAGGACCAGGCGCCUUACCGGAAGCCCAUCCUCAUGGGGCUCCACUGGCUGUCAGGCAAGGAGCUCCCGAUGAGCAUUGCAGCCGACUUCAAGGCUUGUGCAAAUCAUUGA